GAAAAUGGAAACUUUCAGAGCAUGCGCAAUAAUGUUAGUGUCCAUUCUAGCAAUAGACGCUAAAGCUUUCCAGGAAGUCAGACUUCUCACGCCACUGAGAUUUCGUCUCCUACAGAAUGGCAACGGGCAAAUAACUGGUAAAGUAGGAAUUGACGGAAAACAAAAAAUAGAAAUGCAUCUCAAAAGCAGCAAAGGCCAAUGUAAUUGUCCAGGAAGUUACAGACAAAACUGCGCAUGCGUAGAUGAGAUAGUGUAUUUCCAAAAUCCUUCAAAACACGACAUCCUUGUUCCCAAUCACGACGACAAAGGGGUUGAGUCUGCUGUCAACAAAAGACAAGGAGAGUGGUUUGAUGCCCUUCAAAAGAGGCAGAGUUAUCGUCAUCAUACAAUGAUAGAAAACAGCAUGGCGGAGCCAGAAAACAUACUAGAAUUUAUGAUCGGUUUGCACGGCGAUCCCUUCAUAAAGCAUCUCAAUGAAAACUACCCAGAUCUGUAUCAGGGCAGACCAGCGAACUCCUAAGAACUAAACACUGUCCGAUUUCUGAAUGACGAUGAAUUCUUCUGUUGAAUGCUACAGUCAUGUUUUUCCCCAUAUACCUCAAUCGUUUGGUGAAUAUCGCUAGUUUGAUAUACAUGUACCAUAGCUCUAUCAAACGCCUGUUGUAUAUAACACUUCCUGUCCGGACUACUUUUGAGAUCAUCCCCAAUUCAAAAUUCACUAGUUUGCUUUCCUGUUUACCAUAUAGGUUACAUGAAUAAAACCACAUGUCAUGACCUUUUGAAAUAAUCUUUUCAACAAUAUCUAUCAAAUUGAAAGAAU